AUGCCUUCUGCGAGUGCUACCCCCUCUGGAAUGUCCUCUAUUUCCACUUCGCGAUUUGAAAGUGAAUGCGGAAUACACAACAUGAGCAUCAGAGAACUCGAGGAGGCUCUGCAAAGCGCGUACAAAGAACUUGACAAUGCAAACCACAUCAUCGACACGCUCAAACUGGAGCUUGCAGACGCAAAGGUCAAGAAGAGCCCUAAAGGAUCCAAAUCGGACGUAUCGGAAGAACUCUUGACAGCGGAUCAAGAGAUCGCCAAGCUUGCCCAGAUCUAUGUACUCUUCCAUCAACCAUGGGUUCACGCCGACGACUUUCACCGACCAAAGCCUUCGUUUGACUUCAACAGCAGCGAACGAUACUCAACUGAGGACAACAUCGCAUUAGGCGCUAGCAGGGAGUUGUAUGAGUGCGUUCCUGAGCGCCUCUAUGACUACAUGCAAAGUCACAGUGACUUUGUCGCUAAGUUCAUGAAAGAGCUUUCAUCCAGCCGCUCCAGCAUGAUUGAUCGCUUGCGGAAGAAUGCUGCAUCAGUCUUUGGUCUUUCCGCAGAAAUUCUCGCACGAAAAUUUGAUCGCACAAGCAAUCCUACCAUCAAGAAUUUGCUCGGAUACAAUGCAGGUGGCACGACGGUUGGUGCACGGUACCCCAAAUUACCACCGUUCUUCUUUCAGGAUGGAAGCGUCGCCAAUCCAAUGUAUUUGUUUCGAAGCGAGUACUUACUCAGGUUAGCUCUCUUGAUCAUUUAUGGUCCAACUGUAGCGCUUGGUAGCGCACUUCCGGUAUUUCGGUCAAACAGCCCUUAUGCCUCUCACAUGGAAUUCACAGGAACCGGGGUUGGUAAUAUCACCGGCAUUACCUAUUUUGCCGACUUCGACACUUACAAAAAGCUUCUCCUCAUCUCGCGAGACUCUUCAUCAGCCAUUAUUGAGCUCUAUCAAAUUUGGGAUUCAAGAAUUUUCCCCAACAUCCUUCUAGCUCCGGAUUCUGAGGAGGAGAUCAACGGCAUCGACGACGAUGAAGAACUUACACAGUUCCUUCGUGAUCUUCACGUCCAGGAAAGCGCCUCGCAUGCGCUGCCUGCGCCAGUCAUCAUGCCUGUUCCUAUCAGCACUGCCCAAAGCCAGAUCUUAGGACCAUCACCACCAGAGAGCGCACCUCUUGCCACUCCAUCCAUUUCAAACUCUCAUUCCUUUUCUAGCGGUGGCGCGACAGUGUUUGACUCCCAGGCAACUGAGCCUGUCAUUCCUAUCACUGACGCCACACACGUUGAUGGCGCAGUUGUGCCUACCAUUGAACCCAAGCCCAUCAGACCAAUGCGGCGCAGUGUGAAUAAACGACAGCCACACGACCCCAAGACUAGUUCUGAAUUGGACGCCACGCCACUCACUGGGAAUUCUGAUGCCAAUCAGAAGAGAGGCGCACUGAAGCGCGCUUCCGACAUUUGUGGAAAAACGGUCAUAUGGCUUAGCGGUAACUAUGAACAACUCAAAUCGCAAAUAUAUAAUAAUAAGCACUACAACAAUCAAUACGUAUUACAAUACACAGAAAGUUCAAUAGGCAGGCCUAAUCUUACAAUGCCUGAUAAUCUCAUCUUAUCAGGCACCAGGGAAAUUUCCGACAUGACGAACGCAAUGUCACACGUCACUACCCCUCUCUUCUCACAACCACGACCCUCGACGAUUGGCCACCAGGACCCACCGCCACGAUCCACAUGA